AUGGUAGGCAUCAGAGGCCUAGAGCCUUACAUGCGAGAGCGCAAGCUCUUGUCUCAGGCCCCGCUCGAGGCGUUGCGCGGGACAAGGCUCGGUAUCGACGCUACCCACUACAUCACGACCCUGCUCUCGGAUCCAACUUCGCGGGAGCCGCUCGUCGCUUCCACCGGCGGUCUACCUCUCGCUCUCGGCCUGCGGAUCGAGACGGACCUUCGGACGUUCGAAAAGUACAACAUCAAGCCGGUCUUUAUCCUGGCGGGUCUGCCGCUGGCGUCGCGACCUCCGCUGAAGGGGGUGGACCACCAGGACCGGGAGACGAAUGUCAAGCAGGAGGCGUGGAGCUACUAUGAGAAUGGCGAGGUGGAGAAGGCGGUAAUGACGCUGGCGUCUGUUCGGGGCGGGGCAUGGACGGAUCACCGGGAUGUGCUCCGGCUGGUCCUCCGUCAGCUGCGACACCGGUACGUCGAGUACAUUGUCGCGCCGUACCUCGAGUACGCGCAGCUCGCGUACCUCCUCCGUCAUCCCCAGGGCUACAUUCACGCCAUCUACUCGUCCUCGGAAUGCCUUCUCUUCCCCGUCGACAAGGUCAUCACGUCCAUCGACUUUGCUGGCUCGUUCAGCUUUGUCGACAAGUCCAAACUCCUCGCGGACCUGGCCAUGACGGAUGACCAAUUCCUCGAUACUGCCAUCCUCGCUGGCUGCUCCCUCUCCCGUACCUUCCCUCCCCUGGCCGCAGACUUUUCACUCCGGGGCGCCAUCGACCUCAUCCGGCAGUACAAGUCGGGCAUCGUCAUUUCGCGCCAGGUAGCCAACUAUGGCGAGGCCUUCCUCCGCGCUCGGCUGGCGGUCAAGUACUCGCUCGUCCUCACUACGGAAGGCAACGUCUGCCCCCUCCCUCUCGUCCUCUCCCUCGUCGAGGACAUCCCUCCCAAUAUCGAUGAGAUCUUCUCCCCCCGCCUCCCCGAUGAACUCUACUACCAUCUCUGCCGGGCGUUCGUCUCACCCCAGGUCCUCGGAUGGUUGACGAGCGGUCUCAUCGUCGAGCCUCAGCCGCUCGCCGAUAGUCCAGAGUACCACCGCUUCAUCAAGGACGUCAUCACGGAGGGUCAUACCUCUCCCCGGUGCACCGCCCUCGCCCUCCUCGCGGAGAGUCUCCACCCACACUGGAAAAUGCGCCGCGUAUCGGCCCACUACUACUUUGAUCCCCCCUACGCGUCCGCUAGCGGCGUCACCAUCCCCUUCUCCGACAUCCUCACGCAUAACCUCGUCGAAAAGUGCAACUGGACCGUCCCCCUUAACGUCGUCGAGGGGGAAUUGCGCAGACAAAAGUCGUCCACCAUAGACAUGAAGUUGUGUCUGGCGGCGUUGCACUCGCCGGUGCGGAUCGAGUCGAGGCCGAUAGAGAAGAAGGAUGAGGUCGUGGCGAAUAUCGUGUGGAGAUUCCUGGAUGUCAGAGGCUUCCUCAACCCAGAUCGAACCCACAAUGUCAUGGGCAAGGCUAUGCACGCCGGAUGCCAAGCUGCCAAAGUCAACGAUCGGUUCCAAGAAUCCCUCUACCUCGUCCUGGAGCUCUUGCGCGCCGGCGUCGUCCACGGUUCUCGGUUCGGUAAUGAGAUUCUCUCUGGCGGGCCGUCGUACGGGGAAGAAGAUGAGCAGCGGAGUGCUCUCCUUAUCAUGCGGUGCCUCAGUGUUUUGCCUCUGCAGUUCCGCGCACAACAAUGGGCCGGUCCCCUUUCGCGCGAACUCCUCACCUUCAACUCGUUCGUCCGCGCCAUCUCUAAAUCCAUGCGUCAGCUCCUCGAGGCCAUCGGCGUCCACAUGGUCCUCUCCGGCGAUGCCAGGCGGAAUAGGGAUGACUAUCUCGACCUCACCACCAGCCUCCCCUUCCAAGGAGACGUCAACACUGGGUUCGGAAUCCUCGCCAAGACAUACCUCGACGCCGCGCUCUUCCAUCUCGGCGAGCCCAUCACGCCCGAGAACGCCCAGAGCGAGGCGGCUAUCGCGGCCAAAAAUGAGGCGCUGAGCUUCAUCGAGUCGUCCUUCUCUAGCGUCAGGCAGCCGAGGCAGGAGAUUGAGCGGGGAUUCAGGUUCUGGGACACCAUCAUGGUGGCGAUCAGAACGCUGGUCAAGGAGCAGCCACCCGGAUCGGCUGUACCUAUCGUAGCUGCAAAUGUGGCCGAGGAGUUUGAGCGCGCAGAUAGCUGGUUGAGACCUAUGCGGAUGUAG